AUGAUGGCCCUGUGGGAAUACGUCCUUAACUGGUUACGCAGUCUAUUUUUCCAGCAGGAGAUGGAGCUGUCGCUCAUCGGCCUUCAAAACGCCGGCAAAACGUCGCUCGUUAACGUCAUCGCUACUGGCGGUUUCAAUGAAGACAUGAUCCCCACGGUGGGCUUUAACAUGCGCAAGGUGACGAAAGGGAAUGUGAGCAUAAAGCUGUGGGAUCUGGGCGGGCAACCGAGAUUUCGGAGCAUGUGGGAGAGAUACUGCCGAGGCGUGUCAGCCAUUGUCUACGUGGUGGAUGCAUCAGAUCAUGACAACAUCCCAGUGUCACGCAGAGAGCUGCAUGAGCUGCUGAGCAAGCCGUCUCUUGCUGGCAUCCCGCUGCUGCUGCUGGGGAACAAGUGCGACAAGGCAGAAGCCGUUUCACGGGAUGCCCUCAUUGAAGCCAUGGGGUUGAACCAGGUGAUGCAGGGAAGGGAGGUGUGCUGCUACAGCAUCUCCUGCAAGCAUGCGACUAACAUUGAUGUCGUUAUCGACUGGCUUAUCAAGCAUGCCAAGAACAACGCCAUGGCUUCCCUCUCUUUCGCCGCGUCCAUCGCCACGUGCCCUGCAGUGCUCGCCUCCCCGUCAACCGCGCCGGUUUCUUCGCGGCGACUAAACGUCGAGUCGGCGCACCACGUGAACAAGAAGGCGACGGGCCGCCACGUGGCGACGCGGCCCAAGAAGCACGCGGUGUGGGACAGGAAGCGCGGCGGAACCAAGGACUACGGGCCGCUGCCCGAAGCGCCUCCUGUCUAUCGCCUAGAGGAUGAGAAGGCUCCGGCCGCUUCGUCUUAA